GGGGGAUUGUGGGUAAUGUGGUUGGACUCAAUCACGUUUUAGAUCCAGCAUGGCAGGCAAACAGAAGAGAAAAUUGGAAGACCUAAGCGUGGAUGAAUUCCUGCUGUCAGGUUUUGAUUCUGAAGGCGAGUCUGAAGACGAAACUCCCAAACAGAAUGGUGUCAAUGAAACUAAAAAAGAUGCAAAAUCUCAUACGUCUAAGAUUGAGGAAAAGAAGAAAGGCAAGGCCUCUGAGCAUAAGCAGCAGCUAUCCAGGUUGAAGAACAAAGAUCCUGAGUUUUAUAAGUUCCUGCAAGAAAACGACCAAACGUUGCUAAACUUUGAUGACACAGAUAGCUCUGAGGAUGAGGAUGAGAAAAAGUAUCACAGACUGCCAUCCACAUUGGAGGAGGCCAGCUCUGCUGAUGAAGACGACAAUGAUGAUGAUGGUCAGAAAACAUCAAAGCAAUCCAAGAAGACAGCUGAGACGAUCAAAGUCACUGACAAAAUGAUCGAGGAGUGGAAAGUAGCUAUGAAGAAAGAACCUACACCCCGUCUAUUUCGAGAAGUUACUCAGGCUUUUAAGGCUGCUGUGGCCACAACCAAGGGUGAAGGAGGCAGCCAGUGUAAAUACAAAGUGGCAGACAGUUCAGUGUUCAAUGCCUUGGUCCUCUUCUGUAUCAGAGAUAUCCAUGUGGCCCUGCAGAAGAUGCUCAACCUGAAGGCAGAAAAAGACCAGAAAAAGCUAGUGCUCCCGUCGACCAGUCACAAGUGGCAGAAGAAUCAGAUUGAUAUCAAAAUGUAUCUCAGUGGAGUAGUUCAGCUGUUAUCCUGUUUAACAGAGGCUACAGUCAUCAGUGCUGUCCUGCGGCAUGCAAACCAGCUCGUACCUUAUUACCUUUGUCUACCCAAGCAGUGUCGUCACCUUGUGAAGCAACUAUUGAAGCAGUGGAGCACAGGAGAAGAGACGAGUCGGGUUCUUGCUUUUUUGGCCCUCAAUAAAAUCUGCAGACACAAGCAAGAAACAUAUCUUAUCCCUAUUCUCAAGCAAAUGUACAUUUCUUAUGUACAAAACUGUAAGUUCACAUCCCCCAAUGUGCUACCCAUGAUCAACUUCAUGCAGCGAACUCUAACAGAGAUGUACUCCCUGGACACUCAAGCCACUUACCAGCAUGCCUUCAUCUACAUCAGACAGUUGGCUAUCCACCUCAGAAAUGCCAUGACCAUGAAGAAAAAGGAAACAUACCAGUCAGUGUAUAACUGGCAAUAUAUUCACUGUCUGUACCUGUGGUGUCGGGUCCUCAGCACCUUGCACCCCAGCGAUGUACUCCAGCCUCUCAUCUAUCCACUCUGCCAGGUCAUAAUUGGCACCAUCAAACUGGUGCCUACAUCACGAUACUACCCUCUGAGGAUGCACUGUUGCAGAGCCCUCACCCUGCUGUCAAGCAGCACCAACACAUUUGUCCCUGUGGUGCCUUUUCUCUUGGAGAUCUUUCAACAGGUGGAUUUCAACAAGAAACCAGGGCGAAUGAGUAAGAAACCCAUCAACUUUGCAGUCAUUCUGAAGCUCAGCAAGGUCAACCUUAUGGAGAAAGCUUACAAGGACGGCUUGAUUGACCAGAUGUAUGACCUGAUACUGGAAUACUUCCACACUCAGGCCAGCUCCAUCGGCUUCCCAGAGCUUGUUCUGCCCACUGUCAUCCAGCUGAAAGCAUUCCUGAAGGAAUGCAAAGUGGCCAAUUACUGCAAGCCAAUGCGCCAGCUGCUGGAGAAGGUGCAGGAGAACAGCAGCUACAUCACAGGACGCAGACAGAAGGCUGGCUUCGGAGUGGCUGAUGUCACUGCUGUGGCGGCCUGGGAGAAGGAGACCCAGGCGGAGGGUACUCCCCUCAGCAGAUACUACAGUCAGUGGAAGAAGCUAAGGGAGAAGGAGAUCCAGCUGGAGAUCUCUGGCAAAGACAGGAUGGAGGAUCUGGAUCUCCCUGAGAUCAAACGUAAGAAGAUCCAGGAUAAGAAGGCUGAGGACAAAAAGGAGUUCAAGGAUCUGUUUCAGUCUGACAGUGAAUCGGAUGAAGAUGACGGAGGACUCAAAAUCAGAGGUAAAAAGGGCGCCCACAAGUCUGAUGAUGAUGAUGAUGAUGAUGAUGAUCUUGAGGAUUUGUCAGACAUGAGUGACGAUGAGGGGGUGGAAGGUGGGAACUCAGAUGAGGAUGAUGAAGAUGAUGAUGUGGAGGAGGAAGGUAAUGAAAAGGCAUCAAAAAGCCCGCAGCCGCUGUCCUCCUCUGCUCUGAUAGAACUGGCAGAGGGAGGCGAGGAUCUGGUGGAGGACCUGGAGCUGUCUGAUGAUGAUGACUGAGGUUUCAGGGAUGCACACAUUCGUGGUCACCAGAGGGACUGCUAUAAUUUCCACUGUUUUAAACAUCUUAUUUCUAAAUAACAAUGGACUCAUUUCUUUACCUUUGAAAUUUGUUUUACUUUACCUGUACAGUGCAAAUAUUCAUGGUUUCAUUUUCUGAAGCACUGAAAUUGUAUAAAAAUGGGUUAAAAGUCCA